AUGCUGAAGCCGGGAGACCCCGGCGGCUCGGCCUUUCUCAAAGUGGACCCAGCCUAUCUGCAGCACUGGCAGCAACUCUUCCCGCACGGCGGCAGCGGCGGCCCGCUCAAGGGCGGCGGCGCCGCGGGUCCCUUGGGCGCGCCGCAGCCUCUCCAGCCGCCGCCGCCACCCCCGGAGCGCGCAGAGCCUCCGCCGGACAGCUUGCGCCCGCGGCCCGCCUCGCUCUCCUCUGCCUCCUCCACCCCGGCGUCCUCCUCUACUUCGGCCUCCUCUGCCUCCUCUUGCGCCGCCGCGGCCGCCGCCGCCGCCGCGCUGGCGGGUCUCUCGGCCCUGCCCGUGGCGCAGCUGCCGGUGUUCGCGCCUCUGGCCGCCGCCGCCGUCGCCGCGGAGCCGCUACCCCCCAAGGACCUGUGCCUCGGCGCUGCCUCGGGCCCGGGCCCUUCCAAGUGCGGCGGCAGCGGCGGGGACCUGCGGGGCGGCCCGCGCUUCCGCUGCAGCGCGGAGGAGCUGGACUAUUACCUGUACGGCCAGCAGCGCAUGGAGAUCAUCCCGCUCAACCAGCACACCAGCGACCCCAACAACCGUUGCGACAUGUGUGCGGACAACCGCAACGGCGAGUGUCCCAUGCACGGGCCGCUGCACUCGCUGCGCCGGCUCGUGGGCACCAGCAGUGCCGCGGCCGCCGCGCCCCCGCCGGAGCUGCCGGAGUGGCUCCGGGACCUGCCGCGGGAGGUGUGCCUGUGCACCAGCACCGUGCCCGGCCUGGCCUACGGCAUCUGCGCGGCGCAGAGGAUCCAGCAGGGCACCUGGAUCGGGCCCUUCCAGGGCGUCCUUCUGCCCCCCGAGAAGGUGCAGGCGGGCGCAGUGAGGAACACGCAGCACCUCUGGGAGAUAUAUGACCAAGAUGGGACACUACAGCACUUUAUUGAUGGUGGGGAGCCUAGUAAGUCGAGCUGGAUGAGGUAUAUCCGAUGUGCAAGGCACUGCGGAGAGCAGAAUCUAACAGUAGUUCAGUACAGGUCGAAUAUAUUCUACCGAGCCUGUAUAGAUAUCCCCAGGGGCACCGAGCUUCUGGUGUGGUACAAUGACAGCUAUACGUCUUUCUUUGGGAUCCCCUUACAAUGCAUUGCGCAGGAUGAAAACUUAAACGUGCCCUCGACGGUCAUGGAGGCCAUGUGCAGACAGGACGUCCUGCAGCCGUUCAGCAAGAGCGGCAAGCUGCCCCCUGCCACCCAGCAGCGCUCCGUGGUCUUCCCGCAGACUCCCUGCACCAGGAACUUCUCUCUCCUGGACAAGUCUGGGCCCAUGGAAUCAGGAUUUAACCAGAUCAACGUGAAAAACCAACGAGUGCUCGCGAGCCCAACUUCCACCAGCCAGCUCCACUCGGAGUUCAGCGACUGGCAUCUCUGGAAAUGCGGCCAGUGCUUUAAGACUUUCACGCAGCGGAUCCUCCUACAGAUGCACGUGUGCACGCAGAACCCCGACAGACCUUAUCAGUGCGGUCACUGCUCCCAGUCCUUUUCACAACCGUCUGAGCUGAGGAACCACGUGGUCACCCACUCCAGUGACCGGCCUUUCAAGUGUGGCUACUGUGGUCGUGCCUUCGCCGGGGCGACCACCCUCAACAACCACAUCCGAACUCACACUGGAGAAAAGCCCUUCAAGUGCGAGAGGUGUGAAAGGAGCUUCACGCAGGCCACGCAGCUGAGCCGGCACCAGCGGAUGCCCAAUGAGUGCAAGCCAAUAACCGAGAGCCCAGAAUCAAUUGAAGUGGAUUAACUGAUUGACUGGUUGGAAUUAAACUGCAAGGGAAGUCAUGAUUAAAUGUCAUGGACACUUAAGCAAAACCAAAGAUUUCCUCUGAGCAACUUUCAAUCAGUCCCAGAAAACCAAAAGCAGUAAUAAAAUAAGUAAGAUGUUAAGAGAUAUUGAUCCUGGCGUGGAAGUCCGACCAGGACAGAGAUUAUUUAUUUAUGACUAGGGAUGAGACUCGUUUCAGUGGAUGACUGACCUGGGGCGACUCCCGUGUCCGGUCCCACCGUGUAUUUGCUUUGUUUCUAAAAAGCUUUUUUAAACUGUUAUUUAAUACCAAAGGGAGGAAUCCUGUGGGUUCUUCUGCCCACACUUGUGACUGGGGAUGCACAGGGACUUCUUUCUCAUUGCACCUUUUUUUAGUAGCAUGAUUCAAGGGGACCCAUUGUACGGCAGCCUCCCCCAACCCCCACCCCCUUUGUGCCGCUUGGGUUCAAGGUGGGGAGGGGGCCGAUGCGGCUGCCCCGCGGGGACCGUGGAACCAGACGCCAGAGCCUCCACUAGGUCAAUGCCACUGUGGGCCCCGAGGCUGGUGCGUUUCUGUGUUUUCCUACGCACUUUUUACGCCGCUCCUUCCCUCCGCCGGCCUGGCCUUGAUGCAGAUGAGCCUGGAAGAGGCAGAAGAUGGUUCGGUUUCAGAAUUCAAGGAGAAGUGGGGACCUGCCUUUGGCCUGUCAGGAUGGCAAAAACAUUGACAAUGUACAGAGCUUCAUAAUACAGUAUAUUGUUCCGAAGCAGCUAGUUGAGAAGAGUUUGUUUUCAGUACCGUUUUAGCUUAAAAAAACAAAACACAAAAAAUAAAGUUCUUCGGUCUGAAGCUGAAAUCGAA